AUGGUGUCUCCUGGUGCCAAGUUCAGCAACAACAGUAAGGACUUGUGCCAACUUCUGCCCCAUGGGAUUAAGUAUAUUGAAAUACCAUUAGCAGCUGCAGUUGAAAUAGCUGCUGCUGUCAUUAUUGCCACCCAGAAGGCGGUUGGUGUUCCAGGACGCUGGUGUCCAGCUCAGCUGCAGCCAGAAUUAAAGAGUAAGCAAUACUGUGGUGAAGGGAGGCAAAAAAAAAAGCAGGUUCUGAAGUUCACUCUUGAUUGCACCCACCCCAUAGAAGAUGGAAUCAUGGAUACUGCCAAUUUUGAGCAGUUUUUGCAAGAAAGGAUCAAAGUGAACUGGAAAGCUGGGAACUUUGGUGGAGGGAUGGUGACCAUCCAAAGGAGCAAGAGGAUGAUCACCGUGACAUCCGAGGUGCCUUUUUCCAAAAGGUAUUUGAAAUACCUCACCAAAAAAUAUUUGAAGAAGAAUAAUCUUCAUGAUUGGUUGUGCAUAGCUGCUAACCGUAAAGAGAGUUACAAAUUAUGUUACUUCCAAAUUAACCAGGACGAAGAAGAGGAGGAAGACAAGGAUUAA